AUAAAGGACUGUGAAUUGUAGCUGCCUGCUACAGAAUCCCAAGUUGGUCUACAAGUUUUAGUCUACUUAUCCUAUUUUUUUGUUGCGCAAGAAGACCUAAUACUCACUCAAGGGACCAUGGUUAUGUUGAAGAUCUCUGCUUUCCUUGUUGCCUAUGCGCUGGUCAUUUGCCAGAUGUACAGCUCAAAUGCCGCACCCGCCAGACCCGGUUUAGAGACAACAGACCGCAUCACACUUACCGACUACGAGGCUCGGAGGUUACUGAACGCCAUAGUGAAAGAGUUUGUGCAAAUGACGGCGGAGGAAAUGGACCAACAAGCCGUCGAUGGAAAUAGCCUGGAUAGACCCUUGUCCAAGCGCUGCUCCAAUCUGAGCACGUGCGUGCUGGGCAAACUGUCGCAGGAGUUGCACAAAUUGCAAACUUACCCGCGCACCGACGUCGGCGCUGGCACGCCCGGCAAGAAGCGGAGCCUCGGGGAGCCCGGUCGCUAUGCAAGCUACGCGGAGUCAUUUGACACCGUCUAAAGCAGUCUGCCCCCACCUUCCCCAUCGUUUCUUCUUCUUCUUCUUUUUUUUUCGUUCGAUGCAUGUGGAUCUUGCCUGCUUGAUUGACUUCUGAGAAAACCGUGAUUGCAUACCUCUCAUUUUUUCAGUUUAGUUUUUCUUUUUUCCCCUCCUCGAAUCCUCUUGUUUUCAGCAGAGAAUGAUAGCUGGAUCCUUUCAGACACUCCAAAUUAUUAUUUGAACAUCGAAAAGGAAAUUUUAUUCGCAUAUACCGAUUAUUUUUUAGGUGCAUGGUACGCACCCACCUUUAAAUAUCUUGAUGAUAUCAACAGUAAUAAAAAUAUACGAUUAAUACCAGUGAUAAUAAUAAUAAUACCAAUAAUAAAUGCUUCUCAUGCGUGACCAUGUUUCUUGUUGAAUAAACUUAUUUUUCUACCAGGAAAA